GUCUUACAGGCCGCUAGUGAUUUUUUGGGGGGGCUUGGCGGCUGUACGGGCGUUAACGAAAGCUACAGCUCGGUUCGUGGUGCGGCAUACACGCUCAGUUCGAUAAUAACGCUGCCCUCAUAACGCGAGCUCUGCUGUCACGCCACAAAUCGAACUUGGACCGAGGCACUGCGCUGAGCACUGAGCAAUGUCCACUACGCCCCGCCUCCUCUCGGCGAUCUUCGCCUCCGCCACCGGGAGUGCGGUGCUUGUCCAGAACGGCGACCGCAUCACGGCCGCGCUACAGCGUCUCUUCGCGCAACCAAACGACAACGCGAACGCGGUGCUACAGAAGGUCCUCGAGCGCAUCGAUCAGCGGCCACAGACCGUCGUCGUCCGCGAGGGCGGCGGCGCGAGCCGCCUCGUGCUAGCUAGUGCGGCUGUCGCCGGCCUCGCGGUGCGCUUGCGGGGGUGGCCGGCGUCCGCGGCCGCGCUGCGCGCCGCCGCCCAGACGUUGAACGGCGCCGUCAAGGCCGUCGGCGCGAGGCUCGAAGUGGUGCGCGAGACGCUGUCCAAGCGCGUCGACGAGGUCGGCGAGAAGGUUGAUGAGGUGGGCGUCGAGGUGGGCGAGGUGAAGGCGGAAUUGAAAGAAGUGCAUGACGACACGACGCACCUCCGGGUCCAGCAGGACCACAUCGCUAGAGGAGUUAGGGGUCUAUGUGGUGUCGUCUCCGAGCUCAUGCACGGCUCACCGCCGACGCGCGCCGCCGACGACCUGCGGCGCUUCACGGUCGAGAGCAAACCGCUCGAAGCGCCGCCCGAGCAGACGGCUCUCGAGACGACGGCGGCGCGGCUCGCCGAGGCCCUCGCGGCCGUGGACGCGAUCGGGUCGGCGUAACAAUCCAAGAAUUA